AUGACCACGAUGUACAUCUUGACAGGCGCGGCAGCAAUCGUGGUGCCCGUGUACUUUAGCCGCACAGCGACCGAAUCGCGGCGCGUUGUUAUCGUAACCGACAAUGUGCUAAGGUCAUUGUAUGCUGUGGGCGCCUACAUCAUCAUCAGUGCGCUGGCAGGCAUUGUCGGGUCGCUAGCGCCACUGCGGCGCAAGCGGUUUCUGCAGUUCUACAACUGGACAAUCGUGCUCCUGAUUCUGGCCGAGGUUUCUGUGGGCCUCUGGGUGUGGUACCGCACGCUGGACGCCAACGACAUGUACGCAUACAACUGGCGCAUGCUGUGGCCGGACUCGGUCAAGCAGGUGUUCCAGGACAACGGCAGCUGCUGCGGGUACUUGGGUCCACAAGACAGCCCCGUGCUGGCCUCCAAGAGCUGCGACGAAGACUCAUACGGAUGCAUGCGGGUCGUGCAGUCGUAUGCCCAGGACUACCUGUCGUAUGUGUAUACUUGUCUGUUCUCUUUUGUCAUCAUCGACAUGGGUGCGAUGCUGUCUGGCAUGGUUGUGCUGGUUAUGCGCAAUGACGAAGAGAGGUGGCGCUGGUCGCGCUCAAAGUAUGUGUUUGCCCAGCAGGCGCACACCGGCCACUCAUCCCCAUCCGAGGCGCCGACAUACAUUGGCGCUAUGGACGAUCCUGAGAACUACUUCAAGCAAUGA